AUGGCCGCGUCGAUUUCCCUCCUGGCGCAAAUGCCGGCCGCCGUCCGCAUUGCGGCCGGCUCGUUGCCUUCACCGCUUUCAGCGAGCCCUUCUUCCGCCCAACAACUCCGCGCUAUUCCCGCGGAUUCCUCUCUCCGCGCAAUUGCCACCGCCCCCUUCCGCUCUGCCUUCCCUGCCUCUUCCCGCCGCUUGAGCUUCACAAUCCGCGCUGCUUCCGCUGACGCCGACGUGUCGUCCGAGUCAGCAGCUGCUGAAACCACGUCAGCAGCAUCAGCCUCCGCCGCCACCACCACUGCCGUCGCGGAGGCCCCGGCGGAUGCUGCGGCGGCAGCCGCAACAGCCGCCGCAGAAUCGACAGCGGCAGCGACCGAUGCAGAGCCAAUAGUAGACGAAGCGCCUAAGAAGAAGCGGCGCGCGCCGCCGAAGAAAUUAAAGCGCGAGGAGAAGGCGGUGGCGACGUGGGGGUGGGACGGGCGGUCCGCGCGCGAUCUCGACUCGCUGGAGCGAUGGCUGCGCGCCAAGGGGCUUCCGCAGCAGAAGGUGGCGCUGCGGCUGGUGCGCGAAGGCGGGCGCGGGCUUGUGGCGACGGAAAAUAUCGGCAAGGGGGAGGGCCUCUUGAACAUUCCGGAAAAGCUGCUUAUAACGGGAGAAACGGUGUACAGCUGCCCCCGCGUGGGCGCACUGCUCAAGGGGGCUAAUGUGCCGGAGUGGCCGGCAUUGGCUGUCUACUUGCUGAGCGAGGCUGGCAGAGGGGCGGCGUCUGAGUGGAGUGGUUACAUCGAGACCCUGCCCCGUGCUCCGCCCUGCAUCCUCCAGUGGUCUAUUGACGAGGUGGAUGUGCUUCUAAAGGGGUCUCCUGUCAGACAGCGCGCGAUUGAAGCCAUUGCUGACGUCACAAACACGUUCACAGAGCUUGAGGCUGCCCUCUUCUCUAAGCACAGAGACGUCUUUCCAGAGAAGCUUUUCACGCUCAACAACUUCAAGUGGGCCUUCGCUGUGCUCUUCUCCCGCCUGGUCCGCCUACCGUCGCGCAACAACCGUCUGGCGUUGGUGCCGUGGGGGGAUAUGCUCAACCAUCGCUGCGAGAUCGAGUCAUGCAUCGACGUGGACACGUGGAAGGGGAGUGUGGUUUUCACCACCGAUCGUGCCUUUGCCAAGGGCAAGGAGGUGUUUGUCUCAUAUGGUCCCAAGUCCAACGGAGAGCUCCUCCUGGCCUACGGAGUGGUGCCUGCCACGCGCAACCCCAGCGACUCCGUCCCGCUGCUGCUCGCGCUCUCGCCAGACGACCCGCUCCUGCCUGUGAAAGAGGCAGCGCUGCAAGCUAAUGGGCUGACGUGCCCCCUCUCCUUCCCUGUCCGCAUGGACGGCUGGCCCUCUCAGCUGCUCGCCUUUGCUCGCCUUGUGGCAGCCGGACCAUCAGUGUCAGAGGAGCAGAUUAGGGAGCUAGCAGCAGCCACGUCAUUCUCCGGUUCGCCAUCCUCCCCCUCGGCACCUGCUAAGCGAGAGAAGCCGUCUCUCCCCUUCACCCCCUCGUUCUCUCUCGAGCACGAGCUGGAGGCCAGGGAGGUCAUCCUCGCUGCCUGCCGCCUGGCCCUUGCAGGCUACUCCACUACGCUACAGGAGGAUGAGGCAUUGCUGGAGGGCAACAGUGACGACUAUCUGGAGGACGAUGGCGAGCAGCGAGUGCGCGUGAUGGCUGCUGCUGCGCUUAGGAGCAGCGAGAGGCGCAUUCUGCUGCGAACAGACUUUGUGCUCCGCUCCGAGCUGAGGGACAUGCGCAACGCGCAGCAGGCCAAGGCGGGAGGCAAGCAGAAGAUUGAUUUGGGCAACAACUUUGGUGGGGAGAGCGCGGGCUUUAUCGGCAAGAUUCUGAGGAGAAUAUCGCGUGUGGAGUAG